UUUGUAGAGAAUUUCACAUUCUCCAAAAAAUCCUCUGUAACAUUUCCUCCUAAACUCACUCGUUUCCCAAGAAUUUCCAAAAUAAAUUCCAUCAUUUUUCUCCCUCAAUUUUUGAGGUUAAAACACAAAAAGAACUAAUUUUAAUUCAAAACGCCGUUAAUAACAGCUAAAUUAGUCCCCUCAGCCUUUUAAUUCCCUCCAAGAACAUUAAUCAAUUGUUGAAAUCCCGCCGGAGCCGACAUGGCAGACGUCAGCAUUCGCCCUCCAGAACUAUCCAAUUAUCUCAAUAACAAUCAAUCCUAGGAAAAAUCUCCAUAUGACCUUUUUUGUAGAGAAUUUCACAUUCUCCAAAAAAUCCUCUAUAACAUUUCCUCCUAAACUCACUCGUUUCCCAAGAAUUUCCAAAAUAAAUUCCAUCAUUUUUCUCCCUCAAUUUUUGAGGUUAAAACACAAAAAGAACUAAUUUUAAUUCAAAACGCCGUUAAUAACAGCUAAAUUAGUCCCCUCAGCCUUUUAAUUCCCUCCAAGAACAUUAAUCAAUUGUUGAAAUCUCACCCGAGCCGACUUGGCAGAGGAGACGACAGUCGCCGGUAGGAAGUCUGCCAGGACCCCAAGCUCCCCGAGUGCAUCUCUGCCACUUGGCACUCAUCUCCACUCCCCCCGGGUGCAUUCACUUAGUUUCCCCUCAUUUCAGUCCAAAUUACUCUGAAAAAAUCGCGAAUUCACUCACUGACGAUCGACACUGCACCCACUGCACACACCACAACCCGCGUUCCCGUGUUUUCACCGAUAUCCGACGCCAUUGUCCGCGAACCGAUAAACAACCUCUCGAUAAUCCUUCAGAAGUCAAUAAAAAACACUGUGGACACUUGUCGAGAGGCAGUAACCGAAGAAGAACCUGCCAAAAUCUAUAAAAAGCGGAGGAUUGUGCUCCGAACGAUCGCACCUCACUGACAAAGAAAACAAACAUGGCGACGGCCGGAAUGGGACUGGCGGUAUUGGCGCUCUUUUUGGUGGAGACCGGAAGUGCCGCUGGGGGUGGUGGCGAGUGGUGGGAGGACACACUGAUCUACCAGAUAUGGCCCAGGGCCUUCCAGGACAGCGACGGAGACGGCAACGGCGAUCUAAAAGGCAUUGUUCAGAGACUCGACUAUCUGCAGGACCUGGGAGUUGAAACAAUCUGUCUGAACCCAAUUUAUCCUUCACCGAUGAUAGCCAGCGGCUACGACGUUUCCAAUUACACGGACAUCCACCCCAUUUUCGGUGACAUGGGGGAUUUCGAUGUACUUGUAGAGGAGGCCCACCAGCGAGGACUGAAAGUCAUCCUGGACGUAGUGCCGAAUCACUCGAGUAACAGGCACAGUUGGUUUAACGAGUCUAUUAACCGUAUCGAUCCAUACACGGAUUAUUACGUCUGGGCAGAUGGCAGAGUGGAUGCUAAUGGCACAAGACAUCCCCCGAAUAAGUGGGUGAAUUUUAUGGGGUACGAGAAUGGAUCCGCCUGGACGUGGAAUGACGUUCGGGGCCAGUGGUAUUACCACAAGUACCUUGAGUCACAGCCGGAUCUCAAUCUGAGGAAUGGCAAUGUUGUGGAGGAGAUUUUGAAUAUCAUAAAUUUCUGGCUGGAACGUGGUGUCGACGGUUUCCUCAUCUCCGACGUGCCCUACCUCUUCGAAGAUCCCGUUCCCACGAACGAGAGCCUGUCAGCAUCACCGACAGGCUCAUUUGAAUCCCCGGAAACAUCAAACUUACUGUAUCAGAUACGAGAGUACACGAACAACUGGACCGAUGUGAAUAAUUCAACGGGCAAGUUGGUGAUGGCCGAGGCCUGGGAUUCAGAUGAGAACCUAAUAUCGUAUUAUGGUAGUGAGGAAAGGCCUGGAGUCGUUCCGCUGAAUUUCCGGUUAAUCGCUGGCGUCAAGGAGGGCGUCACUGCUGGUGACAUCAAGUUACUUCUCGAGGGAUGGUUGAAAAAGUUGCCGGAUAAUUGGACCACUAAUUGGGCGCUGUCAACAGACAAACACCCCCGCAUAACAAGCCGAGUAGGUGACAGCAAGCUCCCAGGAUACCUGACUCUCUCAAUGCUCCUGCCAGGCCAAGCCUACACGUACUACGGGGACGAGAUAGGAAUGACAGACUCAAAGGCGGCCUGGAACGACACCGAGCCCCCGAUUUCACCCCUACUAUCGCCAAACAGCCUAGCCGAGUACUCCGGCAACGCCCCAAGGACUCCGAUGCAGUGGAAUGCCACCACUUCCGCUGGUUUCUCUACCAAUGACACCACUUACCUACCUGUGAAUGAUAAUUACGAUUACCAGAACGUUGAGAGACAGUUUGAAAAGCCUGAGAGCACUCUCAACACGUACAAGAGCCUUGCGAGGCUCAGAAAAGAUCCCGUCUUUCGAGAUGGUGAUUGGGAGAUCAAUACACUGAAUGACGAUAAAAUCCUGGUGCUUAAAAGAUCAUUAGAAGGACACCCGACCUACAUAAUUCUCAUCAACACAGCCUCUGAAAGAGAAACUGCUAACAUUUCCUCGGUGUACCCCGACCUCCAGGAGCACUUGAUCAUCGUCCUCUCAACUGGAAACUCUUCGAAUAAGUCGACCACCCCCGGGGAUAGGAUAAAGCUCCUCCCAGAUGCAGCGAUGGUCUUGAAGACUUCUGAAGAUAAUGAGACUAUCGGAGAGUCUCCUAUCGAAGAAACUAUAGUGCAGUCCAGUGUUGAAUCAGACACGAUCAACGAGACAACCGCAGCCCCCACAGCUGGAAUGAGGCCUUUACCACGUGCUCCGAAGGUCCUGAAAAACCCCGAAGAUGAAGAAACUAUCGUGGAGCCUCCUGUUUCUAAAACUAUAGUGCAGUCCAGUGUCGAAUCAGACAUGAUCAACGAGACAACCGCAGCCCCCAGAGCUGGAAUGAGGCCUUUACCUCGUGCUCCGAAGGUCCUGAAAAACCCCGAAGAUGAAGAAACUAUCGUGGAAUCUCCUGUUAAUAAAACUAUGCAUUCAGAUGACAAACACAACAGGAACAAUUUGAUGCAUGAACUCAGCGAAGAAUCUGCGGAUUUCAGUGGGGGAGAGAUGACUGACAAAUCACCAACUGAUAAUGUUCACCCAGGAAUAGACGAAACUUCACUCGUCUUCAAUAAUUUCGAAGAGAUUCAGACGAAACCGAGGACAAACUCGAAGCCCAUCCAUUAUACACCCGAGAGAGUACAAACGUCGACAACUCAAGCCCCAAGGUCAAUGAAUAAUGCAGGUGAAUAUGUGGCGAAUUCUUCUGCAUGCAGAAAUAAAAUGAUCAAAUUGGUGCUGGGACUCGUCUCCACUGCAACACUCGUUCUUCAUUAUGUAUAGAAGGGGGAUUAAUUGUACAGGAAUGUUCAAAUAACUGGAGUACUUGGUUCUUGCUAGAAUAUAGUUUAUACAAUAAAUACAUUUCCUUUGUCUAAC